GAACUUGUUUAAUGGCGUCAGAGACCCCACACCUUCCACUCGUCUUCGUCCUCCUCUGUCUCCUCCCUCCCCCAUUUAUCAUUUAUAUGUGUAUAUAUAAAAACUUUCUCAACACCCCCUUCACUGCAAAACCCAAAUUACAUUCAUAACUAAAUUUUUUUGAACCAAUCAGCAAUAAAAAAUGGAGUACGAUUACUCCAUCUUCCCUCCCGAUUCAGAUCUUGAUUUCAGCUUCACUUCCACCGCCACCGACCGCACCUUCACAACCUCCUCCAGCGCCCGCAGCAGCCUUGCUCGGAGCAGUUUAACACUCAGUUUCAAUGAAUCUCGUCUCUCUGCCGCUGCAGCCGCCGCUGCCAUCGUCAACCUCCGCCCCCACCGCCACUCCGACCCUCACUGGUCCGCCAUUAAAGCCGCUACGACUCUCUCUUCUGACGGCCAUCUUCACCUCCGCCACCUGAAACUCAUCCGCCAUCUCGGCACCGGCAACCUCGGCCGUGUGUUCUUGUGCCAUUUGAGGGAUAACGAUCACGCCAGUUUCGCUCUGAAAGUGGUGGAUAAGGAGGCGCUCAGUAACAAGAAGCUUUUGCAGGUUCAAACGGAAGCAGAGAUUCUCGCUUCUUUGGACCAUCCAUUUCUCCCAACUCUCUACGCGCGUCUCGACGUCUCUCACUACACGUGCCUCCUUAUCGACUAUUGUCCUGCCGGUGACCUCCAUUCCCUCCUCCGUAAGCAGCCUGGUAAUCGCUUCUCUGUCGCGGCGGCGAGAUUCUUCGCCGCCGAGGUCUUGGUGGCGCUCGAAUACCUUCACUCGCUCGGGAUCGUGUACCGUGAUCUCAAGCCUGAGAACGUUCUUUUGCGUGAGGAUGGCCACGUCAUGCUCUCGGAUUUCGAUUUGUGUUUUAAGUCCGACGUGGUCCCCACUUUUCACACGUGGACUCGCCCGGGACCACCACAGCCUACUGGCUGCUGCUUUGGGUGGAGGACGGCGGAGGAGGAAGAGGAGAUUGUCGGGGAGUUUGUGGCGGAGCCCACGGCGGCAUUUUCUAAGUCGUGUGUAGGGACUCAUGAGUACUUGGCGCCGGAGUUAGUGUCCGGCGGUGGCCACGGCAACGGCGUCGACUGGUGGGCGUUUGGGGUGUUCGUUUACGAGCUGCUGCACGGGACGACGCCGUUUAAAGGAGUGAACAAGGAGGGUACGUUGAGGAACAUUGCGUCGUCGGAGGGGAUGAAGUUCCGGCCGGCGGCGGAGGAAGAGGAGGGGAUGGCGGAGGCGAGAGAUCUGAUAGAGAGGCUGCUAGUGAAAGAUCCGGCGAGGCGGAUGGGCUCCGGCAAAGGGGCGACGGAGAUCAAACGGCAUCCGUUCUUCGACGGGAUAAAGUGGCCGUUGAUCAGGACAUAUCGGGCACCGGAGGUGUAUGGGCUGAUGAGAAAAGCCAGAUCCCACGUGAGCCACGUGACAGGCGUGACCCACCGCAUGCGGCGGCGGGGGUGGUGGAACUGGAGGAAGCUCAUAAGCAACCGUUUAAUUAAAAAUGGAAGUUCCAGUAAAUCUCAUACAAAUACCAAUUAUUAUAGUUAUAGCUUUAAAAAUAAGACAGGUUGAGUUAAAUAGGGGAAAAAAAUUAAAUAGUUUUUAGUUUUCUGGACGGUUUUGUUUUUAUUUUUAUUGGGAGAUACUGUAUAUUCAUACAAAAAUGAAAAAUUAUACUUUAGCUUUUUCUUUUUAAUUUGUUUAUCUUUGAGUAGAGAGUAUUUGAGUUGUGUGUAUCGAUAUUAAAUUAUUUAAAGGUACAAGUUACAUUUUUUGGGCCA